UUUGGUGGCACAGUCGUCGAAAGAGAGAAUGAAACUUCUCUACUCCUUACCUGUCGUUUUCCCGGACAUAUCUCUGUUUCGUAGUCCGCUCUCUCUUCUUUCAUCUUUAUUAAUAUGCAAUUCAAUUCCAAUUCAAUUCCAAUUCAAGAAACUUCUCUACUCCUUACCUGUCGUUUUCCUUAUUUCUGUCUGCCUUAAUUUGUAGCAAACACCAGGCCCUUUUUUCGUAUUUCUUGGUUGUCUUUUUGGAAUUUAGUUAUCUCUGUGGCAUUUACUUCUACCUCUGGCGGACAUCCUAUUGAUUCAAUAAUAGUAUUAGCAUCCUGUAUUUCAAGGGUUUUUGCUUUAAGACAGCUUUGAUUUGUUUUCCCUGUUCCCGUCCACCUCAAUUUAUAGGAAAGCUGCUUUUAUCACUCUCCUUUGUUUCAAUCUGUAUCCAUGGCUGCUUCUUCUACCACUGGUGGAAAACCCAAAUAUCCCCUACGAAAUGAUUCCGAUGGCCUAAAAAUUGCUCUCCCUACUUCUGCUUUUGGUCCCAUAAUACCACUAGAGUCUUCUUCUAUUGCAUCCUCAUCUGGAGUGAAAUACGAUGUAUUCAUAAAUCAUUGUGGAAAAGAUGUUAAGCAUACAUUGGCCAGCAAAAUCUACAAUUCUCUGAAUGCCACAGGACUGAGAGUGUUUUUGGACAAAGAUGAGCUGAAACAAGGGGAUCUCAUCCCUACAGCCAUAGAAGAAGCCAUGGCUAGUGCUUCACUUCAUAUCGCCAUAUUUUCUGAGCAUUAUGCACAAUCUCCCUGGUGUUUGGCCGAACUGGCAUUUAUGAUGGAAACGAGGACUAAAAUAAUCCCUAUCUUCUAUCAUGUUGAGCCUUCUGAUUUAAGAUGGGUUGAUGGAGGAAACGGAAAAUAUGCAAAGGCCUUCGCCGAGCAUGGAAGGAAAGGUAGAUACACUCCAGAAGUGCUUCAGCGGUGGAAAAGGGCUCUCCAGGUGGUUUCAGUGCGUCAUGGGAGCAUCAUUAACAAUAUUGAUGAUGAGAACAGGGCGGUGAAUCGUGUAAUGAAAAAAAUGAACAAGGUUGCUUUAGAGGUUGCCAAGUAUCCAGUGGGUUUGGAUGCUGCUGUACAAGAGUUCAACACGAUUGCACCUCAAUCUGCUGGCUCGAUACAGAUAGUGGGAAUCUGGGGCAUGGGUGGCUCCGGAAAAACCACCCUCGCGAAGGAAAUCUUCAAAAAAAGAUGCUUGGCCAUGGAUAGAUCAAGUUUUCUUUUUGAUCUUCGAGAUGCUGCUGGGAAAGGACUACUGGUUGAGAAACAAAAACAGCUUCUGAAAGACCUUGAUGUCAAAGAUGUAUCCUUUGACCAUGUAGAUGUGGGCAAAGGGAUUCUUAGGAGCCGUUUGAGAUCUAUGUCUGUGCUUAUUGUUUUGGAUGAUGUUGAUCAUCUAGACCAACUAGAUGCUCUGUUACCACCCAAGGAGAGCCUUGGUGAACGAUGUUUGAUUAUUGUUACCACACGCAGCAAAGAUGUUCUUCUACAGUGGGGCAUCUCUUCCAUUUAUCAAAUGAGACCUCUGACUGCUACCCAUGCUAGACAGCUUUUCUGUUGGCAUGCAUUCGUUCUUAAUUCUCCACCUUUAGAAUUCAAGGACCUUGUUGAGAAGGUCUUAGAUGCCUGCCAAGGACUGCCUCUAUCACUCAAGGUCUUAGGGGGACUACUUUAUGGCAAGUCUAAUAAGGAUUGUUAUUGGCAGCGUACUUUAAAUAAAUUUUCCCAGAUACCCCACGAGGACAUCACAAACAGGCUGAAAGUAAGCUACGAUGCGCUAGAGAAACAAGACAAGGAGAUGUUCCUGGAUGUAGCGUGUUUGUUCAUUGGACAAAGAAAAAGUGCCGCCAUUGCAGCAUGGGACGCAGAGAUAAACUGGGAUGGAUUGCUCGGUUGGGAAACUCUUUUCAACAAGUGUCUUGUUGAAGAAGACGAAUAUGGUUUGAUAAGAAUGCAUGAUCACUUGAGAGACUUGGGAAGGGUCAUUGCAAAUGGACAGUCACCUCAUCGCCUUUGGUCUCCCCAGCAGGUUAUCGAGAUUCCCCAUCAACAGGAAGCAGUACGAGUCCGAGGAAUGGCAAAUGCAACUGGGGACAAUUGUAACCAGCAGGAAGGGAAGAUCAUAAUAAACACAAGCCAAGGAGAGCGUAGCCUCAUGCUCUCCUCGCUUGGAUUGAAAUUUUUUCUUGGUAAUGGAGGUUUUAUUAAUCACGCACAUAGCGCAAUAUCAAGAGAACUGGUCUGGUUUCAGUGUGAGGGGUUUGGGCACAAAAAUGUUCCCUCGUGGUUUUCAUUGAAAAAUUUAAGGAUUUUAGAACUUGUCAAUGAUGGGAGCUUAGAAUAUUUGUGGGAACAUGAUGCGGAAGCACCUUUGAACCUAAGAGAGUUGGUUAUUCGGGACUGCAGUUUGCACGGAUUUCCAAGGUCAAUAGGACGUCUUGAGAAUUUGAAAAAGAUAUUAAUAAUUGAUCCUUUUAAUGGCAAUUCUGAUAGAUUCAUUGAUCUUCCACAAGAAUUUUGUCAUCUCAAAUCACUCGAGCACCUGGAGAUAGAAGGGUGUAGAAAUAUGUCAUCGCUGCCCAGUAAUUUUGGCAAGUUGACUAAUCUGCAACAUCUAAGUUUGGAAGGUUGUAGUAAGUUGGAGGAGUUGCCAAAUUCUUUUAAGAAGCUGACACACCUAGAAUAUCUUAGUUUAUUGGAGUGCAGCGAGCUCAUCAUCAAGUCAGAGUUACACGUUCUGGAAAACAUGAGCAAGCUAAGGUAUUUGAAUCUUGAGGGAUGCAUGAAAUUGGAAGAGUUGCGCCUCCCACAAGUGGCUUCUUUAACAGAGCUCUAUUUAACAGAUACCAGCUUGAAGGAACUGCCAGCUAAUAUCUCUCAGCUAACCGAGUUAACCAAGUUGCAGAUAGGGAGUAAGUUCUUGAAAACAUUGCCAGCCUCUUUUGGGAAUUUGCCCGCCUUAAGUGAACUUGAAAUUAAAGGGUGUGCUAAUUUAGAAACCUUGCCAACCUCUUUUCAAAAUUUGUCUUCUUUAAAUAAACUUAAAAUCUAUAAAUGCCAUAAUCUGAAACUUUUGCCAACCUCUUUUGAGAAUUUGUCCUCCUUAAUUGAACUUGAAAUUAGCAGCUGUGAAAAUUUACAAACUUUGCCAACCUCUUCAGAGGAUUUGUCCUCCUCAACUAGAUUUGAAAUUAAAAAAUGUGAUAAUUUAGAAACUUUGCCGGCGUCUCCUAGGAAUUUGUCCUCCUUAACUACAUUUACAAUCUCAGACUGUGAGAAGCUGGAAUCUUUACCGGACUCUCUGGAGCAUCUAAAUUCCUUAACUGAUUUAUGCAUAUCCGACUCAGGACUGAAGUGCUUACCAAAAUCAUUAAUCCGUCUUAAAGAGUUGCGAAUAUCCUACACCCCAAUCAGCGAGUUGAGUUUUGAGCCCGGCUGCAUGGUCGAGACUGUAUAUCUAGUGAGCACAAAAGUGUCCAAGAUUUCAUUUCGUGGAGAUUGUUGUCCCUUCCUUGAGAGACUUAUUCUUCGAGAUAAUAGGGAUUUAAGGGAGUUGGAAAGCCUGCCAGCAUCAUUGAAGACCAUAGUAGUUGGUAACUGUGAUGUCCUGCAUGACAUAGGAGGUGUCCACGCCUUGAGAAACCUUCAGCGUCUGCGGAUAUAUGAAUGUGGAGAAUUAGAGGGGCUUCCAGGUUCUGAAGAAUUAGUGUCUUUACAAACCUUCGCAUUGACAGGUAGCAGCAAGGUGAAGAAAAUAUCAGGUCUACAAGAGUUGCGAUCACUGCAAGAACUGACUAUUCAGUUAGAUGAGCUUCCAAGUCUUGAAGAGUUAAUUUCUCUUACAAAAAUUAAAUUGUAUGAUUGCCACAAAUUGGAGAAGACAGAAAGUUGGAAACAUUUGAAAUCACUGGAGGAGCUCGAGAUACGUCGGUGUCCAGACUUGGAGGCGCUUCCAAACAUACAGGAAUCCACUUCUCUAAAGAAGCUCCUGAUAGCUGACUGUCCAGAAUUAGAUGAGCUGCCAAGCCUUGCAGAAUUAACUUCCCUUAAAAAAUUUGAAUUGUACAGCUGCCACAAAUUGCAGAAGAUCGAAGGUUUAGAAGGUUUGACAUCACUGGAGACCCUGAAAAUAAGUGCCUGUUCAGAAUUAGAGAUGCUUCCAGGUCUUGGAGAAAUCACUUCUCUGAAAAUAAUUGAAUUGAAGGGAUGCAACAUAGCGGAGAAAAUUGAAAGUUUAGAAAACAGAUAUGAUUGUCCAAAAUUAACUUCUCUUCGAUUGGAAAUGUGCCACAAAUUGAAGAAGAUAAAAGGUUUAGAAAACAUAAGAUCAAUGGAGACACUCGAGAUAUAUGACUGCCCAGAAUUAUAUGGACUUCCAAGCCUCUCACAAUUAACUUCUCUUAAAAAAUUUGAGUUGCAAAUGUGCCCCAAAGUGGAACAGAUAGAAGGUUUAGAAAACUUAAGGUCACUGGAAAUACUCAGGAUAUGUUGCUGUCCAGAAUUAGUUGGGCUUCCAAGUCUUGCAGAGCUAACUUCCCUUAAAAAUUUUGAUUUGCAAAUGUGCCCCAAAGUGGAACAGAUAGAAGGUUUAGAAAACAUAAGAUCAAUGAAGACACUCGAGAUAUAUGACUGCCCAGAAUUAUAUGGACUUCCAAGCCUCUCACAAUUAACUUCUCUUAAAAAAUUUGAGUUGCAAAUGUGCCCCAAAGUGGAACAGAUAGAAGGUUUAGAAAACAUAAGAUCAAUGAAGACACUCGAGAUAAAUGACUGCCCAGAAUUAUAUGGACUUCCAAGCCUCUCACAAUUAACUUCUCUUAAAAAAUUUGAGUUGCAAAUGUGCCCCAAAGUGGAACAGAUAGAAGGUUUAGAAAACUUAAGGUCACUGGAAAUACUCAGGAUAUGUUGCUGUCCAGAAUUAGUUGGGCUUCCAAGUCUUGCAGAGCUAACUUCCCUUAAAAAUUUUGAUUUGCAAAUGUGCCCCAAAGUGGAACAGAUAGAAGGUUUAGAAAACUUAAGGUCACUGGAAAUACUCAGGAUAUGUGGCUGUCCAGAAUUAGUUGGGCUUCCAAGUCUUGCAGAACUAACUUCCCUUGAAAAAAUUGAUUUGCAAAUGUGCAACAAAUUGGAAACAAUCGAAGGUUUAGAACAAUCGAGAUCACUGGAGAAGUUUGAAGAGUAUAUCCGAUGGAAUGCGCCGUGUAUAGUCGGCUUGGAGCAGCUGGAGCAGCUGGAGCAGCUGGUAGUCGUAACAAACGACAAAUCAACUGUUGAACCAGUCAUCAUUAAGAUGCAGAAAUGGCCAAGGGAAGUGAUCAUAUGCACGAGGGCGAUGUGUGAUGUGGGCCAGCUGAAGAAGAACUUUGAAGAAUUGCCAAAUGUCUCUGUUCUUGACUAUGAAAGGUUAUCAGAAGAAAGCUCUUUUUUGAGGCAGCCGGAGAGUUUUGCCAAUGCCAAAGUCAUUCUGAUAUGUUUAAUUAUAGAUUGUGUUCAUCCGGACUUACACUUCUACAUAAAUUCAUUUGUUUUCAAUUUGGGUAAAGGAAAAUGGGUGUGGAUGGGUGUCUUCACACAAGCUUCAGGUUGGCAGGACUAUAUUUAUACACAUAAUGGCAAGGGGGAGAAUGUAAAAGUGAAAGUGGAAGCGGCAUGGUUAGUGAUGGGCGAAGAGGGGAGCAUAAUAGAGGCUUUCCGUCAUCUUUGGAAAAGUGACCUGGCUGAGGGAUCGACGACAUAGAGUUCAGAAGAGGAUGCAAGACAAUGUUAUCUGGAGAGGAUGCAAGAUAUUUAGUGCAGUGAUUUUACAGGAAAAACCAAAUGGGGAGAAUUUGAUUGCAAAUGCAAAAAUGUUUCAAGAUUUGGUUAGUCCUCGACACCUGCUUGUUCUAGCUAGCUUAGUAUAUAUUGUUGUUGCUGGUUGUGUUUUAAAAGUAUAGACAUCAUCAGUAUAUGCUAUUGGACAAUCAAACUGAGUUUCACCAACUGCCAUAACAGAAUUUUAUUAUAAGACGUGGUCUUUUCCCUCCUGACGAGAAAUUUUGUGCACACCUAGAUGUCACCUCCCUUGACAACUGAUCAAAGUGCAACAAUUUUAAUGGUGUGCGAGAGCGAUCAGGAGGGAUUUGUUGCAAUUUAGUUGUGGUAUUUCCAUGUGCUCACAUUUCAAUCCAGGAAAAUUUAAGAAAAUUAGCAUCUGAGGAUUCCAACCUUCACACUGUUAUUGGUGUGCAGAUCUGGUAAAUGCAUUAGAGUAAUAUCUAUAUGUAUCUCUUUAUAUAUGACUCAUUCAUUUGAUACAGAUGAAGAUGGCUCUACAAUUGUUAGAACAAUUUGUUCUUACUAUUCCAAUUCUGCUCAAGAGGACACUAUGCUAUAAGAUCAUGAAAAAAUUAUUCUCCAUGGCCUGCGAACCUGCUUUGCUCUGUCUACAAUUUUGGGACCUGUAGGUUGUAUCUUUUUUUACCCUUGUUUCCUUAAUUGACUUUUGGUUUGGCUGAGGUGUA